AUGUAAAAACUAAAAAGAGAUUAUAGUCAGUUUGUUAGAUUGCUACAAUGGUUUUUGCAACAAUUCCUCUAAGUUAAACAGAAACAGUAAGAAAAAGGACAAGACCAUCCUAUGGGAAUUAUGAUUUUUAUCAAAAUUUUAUAAGUUAGAUAAGUAGCAGUUGUGCUUUAUUACUUGGAUCAUUACUUGACUAAGAAAAUGAUAUCUUUAAGAUGGAAAGUAUCAAAAUCUUUGAAAUUGUUAAUAUUGAUUAAAUUAUGA